GGCGCGCGCAGGUGUCGUCACUUCGUGCCGGACUCCGCUGGGUGAGGUGUCGCGCACUGACGGCGUCGCCAUGGAGCCGAGGGCGGGUGUUUCCAAACAGGACAUUCGUGAGCAGAUUUGGGACUACAUGGAGGCACGAAAUCUAGCUGAUUUCCCCCGGCCUGUUCAUCACAGGAUUCCCAACUUCAAGGGCUCUUAUCUGGCUUGCCAAAACAUCAAAGACCUCGCGGUUUUUGCCAGAACGCAGGAGGUUAAAGUGGACCCCGAUAAACCGCUGGAAGGCGUCCGGCUGCUGGCGCUGCAGAGCAAAAAAACAUUGUUGGUUCCAACACCACGACUGAGAACGGGGUUGUUUAAUAAGAUCACACCACCCCCCGGGGCAACUAAAGACAUCUUGAGAAAAUGUGCCACCUCUCAGGGCGUGAGGAACUACAGCACUCCCGUGGGCUUGGAUUCCAGGGUCCUUGUGGACUUAGUGGUCGUGGGGUCCGUGGCUGUUUCUGAAAAAGGCUGGAGAAUUGGGAAGGGAGAAGGCUAUGCCGACCUUGAAUACGCCAUGAUGGUGUCGAUGGGAGCGGUCAGCCAGGGGACGCCAGUGGUCACCAUCGUCCACGACUGCCAGGUUGUCGACAUACCUGAAACACUCCUUGAGGAUCACGACCUCACCGUGGACUAUAUUCUCACUCCAACUCGAGUCAUCACCACGGGGUGUGAGCGCCCCAAGCCAACAGGGAUCGUGUGGUCCAAGAUCAGCUGUGAGAUGAUGGGGAAAAUGCCAGUCCUCAGAAGCCUGCGCUGCCGAGAGGAGCAGGCCGGGAAGGACGUCACCCUUCGGGAUACACACCGGGGCCUGCCACGUGCGCGGGCCGCCCUGAGCACCGUCAGAAGCCCGCGGGAGCUGCCCUCGCUGGAAUCGAGCUCCUGGCAGGGGGACGAUGUGCCUUCCAGCACUGUUUACGUUGGGAACCUCCCCCGGGACGCCCGGGUGAGUGAGCUGAAGCGAGCCCUCAGCGCACGGGGCGCGGCGCCCUCACGGCUCACUUGGCAAGGGCCACAGCGUGGGGCCUUCCUCCACUACCGGGACCCGGACGAGGCCUGGCAGGCCAUCUCCCGCUUGCAGGGCUUCUGUCUGGGCGCCAACACAGUGAGGGUGGCGCUGGCCAGGCAUCAGGGGGCCAGUGGCCCGGCGGGCGGCCGCACUGGAGAGCCGCACCCUGACCCGUGACAACAUCCCGCUCCAGCCCCGGCGAGCUUCAGGACCUGGCACAGCGGGUUGUGGUGGAGCUGUGCUGCACGAGCUGCCUUGAGUUCAGUCCUCUCCUGGAAGUCAGAGCUUCAGCUGCUGCCUGGUGUCUCCUGAGGAGCAGGGAAGUCAGCCGUAAUAUGCUUCCCAUCUUCUGAAGGCAGAAAGGUCCAUGUUCAGGCUUUGACUUAUCCUGGGCCUUCAGCCUGCUGGGUGUCUCAGCCCUGCUGGUGUCUUGGUUUAGGGGACUGAGUGGGCAAUAAACAAGUUGGAGUAAA